UCAAAUGUAAACUGUUUACGUUCUGUGUUCGUUUUGUUUUUCUUUAUAAAUAAACGUGAUUUAUGUCCGAUAUCUAGUAAUUUUUCUUCUUCUAAGAUGGAUAAUAAUAUAUUUUGUCGAACUUGUCUUUCUCCAAAAGUUGAUAGGAACAUAAGGGAUUUGUGUAUUGCUGUGGAAGAUCAACAAACGAUAUCAAGCACUGAUGUAUUAUUAUUCUGCGUCGAUAUAAAGGUCCAUUUAGAUUCAACAGUAAGCACAAAACUAUGUGAAAAGUGCUAUCAGAUGAUAGUAGACAUUUAUAUAUUCAAGAGUAAAGUUAUAAAAAAUAAUGAGUACCUGAAUUCACUAAUAUUGAAUACAACUUUACCAAAAAUUAAUAAAAACUCAGACCAUGAUUAUACGUGUAAUGAUUUGACUUAUAAUGAUGACGUAUUUAUUGACAAUAAUGAUGACACUGAUGUGGAGAUAAAAAUAGAACCAGAAGUUAAAGAAGAAUAUGUUACGGAUAAUAAAUCAGAAGAUGAAAUUUUAAGUGCUAUACUAGAAAAUAAAUUAAAAUAUGAUGCGGAAGAAGAUUCAAAAGAAAAUGUAUCUUUGAACAAAAUAAAGACUGAAAAUAGAAAAAAUAAAUCUAGAAAGAUUGUCAAACAGAAACAUCAUGUGUGUGAAGAGUGUGGUAAAACUGUACUUAAUCUUAAACAACACAUUAAAUCACACAAGGAAACCAAGAAAAGAAAAGAAUAUAAAUGUGAAAUUUGUAAUAUUACAUUUAGCACCAAUAUGGCGAAACGAAAACAUGUUCGAUCAAAGCAUAAAAUUAAGAGAACAUGUACAAUAUGCAAAAAAGCGGUCACAAAUCUAAAGAGCCAUAUGCUAAGUAUCCACAAUCCAAACAGUCUGCCAUACAGUUGUUCUGAAUGUGAUCGUCGAUUUAUAUCCAAGUCUAAGCUAGCAGAGCAUAUCAAUUUACACACGAAUAAGAGGCCAUUUGAAUGUGACGCAUGUGACAAGAACUUCACAACUAAAGUCCUACUACAGAUGCAUACAAGACGAGUGCAUGACAAAGAACGAUCGCACAUGUGUCAGUACUGUUCAAAGAGUUUCUUCAAAAUGUAUCAUUUACAAGUGCAUCUUCGAAGUCAUUCGAAGGAGAAGCCGUAUAAAUGCGACGUCUGCGGUAAGCACUACGUGUCGUCAAGCGGUCUGAAGAACCACAAGGAGACGCAUAGCAACGUACGGAGCUUCCCGUGUCCCAAGUGCGAUAUGACUUUCACCACGCAGCGGUAUGUGAAAACCCACAUGCUAAGCCACACAAAGGAGAAGCGGUUCCCCUGCAUGUACUGUGGCUUCCGGUUCCAUCGCUCUGACCAUCGCCUGAGACAUCAGCGGACAGCGCACGAAUCCAUCCAUAAGUAACGGGAGUUAAAUCCAACGGAACGGGACCAUAGACUAAUUUAUUUUUAUUGUGGUAAAGGGUAAAACAAACCAGAGAGUUCUUUGAAGAUAGAGGCUUUAUUAAAAUGUUUUUAGACCAUAAGUAAAUGAAUGGAAAGGGAUAUCGCCCCUUGCAGUCAAAAUCUGUUUCCCAAGAGUCGACAUCAACGAAAGCUGAUAUUAGCGGUCAGCGAGGGCUAAAAAUCGACCCCAUUUAAUUAACACAAAUUCUCAUUUGAAACAUAACACAAAAUAUAUAUAAUUUAACUAUAAAAAAUCAUGAUAUUAUAUUAUGUUUUAAUUGUAUUCUAAAGGCCUUACAAAUAAACUUGGUAUAAAGUUAUAACUGAUGUUAUCAUUCAUCCUUCAUUUAUACAAAGAAAAUGCAAGAUGUUUACACUAUCGUGGACAACACUGUCAAUACAAUGAUAAUUCUGAAGUUUUCUGAAUGACAAGCUGCCUUGCAAAUAAACGCGGGAAACGCUAUACGUCCGAAGAAACCAUUCGUAAGCAAACUGUCUAUGUGUAAACAUUUUACAUAUUCUUGGUUUAUGCUUAGUUAUAACUUUAUGCCAAUUUUAUUUGUAAGGCCGUAAGACAUGAAGAGGGGCAAUGGUGUAGAAAUACAAACUAACCAAUUUGUUUACAUCGUCUCUGGGGCUUCAACAUUACCCGUUUUUAUAAACGCUUAUGAAUUUUUAUCCGAAGAAAAUGUUUGGUAUAGGUAAUAAAAACAAAUCCAAUUGUUAAUAUUAUAUUUAUAUCGCUAUAUCAAAAUGUUUAAAUAAAUUAUAAUUAUUGUUACAAA